CGUGAGGAACUCAGAUUUGGAUCUGGAAUUAGGGUUUGGGGCUCAGAGUGACUAACUUCAGGUGCAAAUUUUGAGGGCAGAUUUGGGGUCUGCUGGGGUCCCUGCACCUUCUCACGCUGCCGAGUUUAGAGACGCUUCAGAAGCCCCAGCCUUUCAAAGCAGAGCUCCGGGCUGGCCCUGCCUCCUGCCCUGUCUCUCCAGCUCUGAGGAGAUGGAGGAUUUCUCCAGCUGCUGUGUGCUCUGCCACCUCACCUCCCUGCUCCUCCUCAUCCAGCUGCCCACUGGGGGGUCUGCAGAGGAGUUCUUCGUGAUCGGCCCCUCGGAUCCCAUUGUGGCAGUGCUGGGCGGAGACACCGUGCUGCCCUGUCGUGUGUCCCCACCCAUAAGUGCAGAAGACAUGGAGCUGAGGUGGUUCCGCUCCAAGUUUUCAGAAGCCGUGUUCAUCUAUCAAAACCGAGUCGAGCGGAAUGAGGAGCAGAUUGCUCGUUACGUAGGGCGGACCUCGCUGGUGAGGGACUUCCUUGCCCAGGGGGAGGCUGCCGUACGCAUCCAGAAGGUCCAGGUUUCAGACAAUGGGCUGUACACCUGCUUCUUCAGAAAGGGAGGCUUCUACGAAGAGGCGAGUUUGGAGCUGAAGGUGGCAGGUGUGGGCUCUGCCCCUCAGGUGCGCAUCACAGGGCCCGAGGAGGAUGGGGUCCGUGUGGUGUGCACGUCCUCAGGGUGGUUCCCGAAGCCCCAGGUGCAGUGGAGAGACCUCAGCGGAGAGAAGUCCCUGGCGUUCUCCGAGACGCACACCCAGGACGCUGAAGUGUUCGGCGUGGAGGUGGCUCUGGUGGUGAGAGACAGCUCUGCAGGGAACGUGACCUGCUCCGUCCUCAACACUGUCCUGGGCCAGGAGAAGGCCAUGGCCAUCUUCAUCCCAGAGCCCUUCUUCCCCCAGGCCUCUCCCUGGAAACUGGCUUUCUCAGUGAGCCUGUCUGUGCUGAUGGUCCUGCUGCUUGGGGCUGGAUGUUACACCAAGAGAGAACAUUCCAUGAAGUUGCUGGCGAUGCGAGCAAAGAAGCAUCUGCGCCUGGUGAAGGAGCAGCACCGGCGGGCAAAGGAGGAGGUGCUGAAGGACGCAGAACAGCUAAGUGACUUGCCAAACAUCACACAGCAGCAGCGGGACAGUGGUAUUGGCGGAAGGAGAAGUUCCAGGCCUGUGAGUGACUUCGUGUUCUUUCUGGAUGUUCCUACUGCUGCCCCCAUGGCUUCUCCUUCAGUUCUCAGUGGUGAUGUAGAUGCUGGCACCAUCAGUGGUGGGCCUGUCACUCUGGAUCCAGGAUCUGCCCAUUCAGACCUUGUCGUCUCUCAUGAAAACACGACUGUGGCCUGGAAGGACACCAGUGAGAACUUAGGAGGCACCUGCAGCGUAUUGGGCUUUGAGAGCAUCACGUCAGGGUGCUGUUACUGGGAGGUGGAGAUCAGGGAUGCAGGCCAAAGCGAGUGGGCUCUGGGGGUCUGUAGGGAAAAUGUGAACAGGAACGGUUGGUAUGUAGAAUCCCCAGAAAAGGGGUUCUGGGUUGUGGGGAAGUUUGAAGCUGGAUAUUGUGCCCUUACUCUACCUCUGACUCAGCUAUCCCUCAGACAGGUUCCCCGCAGGGUAGGGGUGUUCCUGGACCACAAGGAAGGGGAUGUCUCCUUCUACAACAUGACUGAUGGCUCCCACAUUUUCUCCUUCCCUCGGGCUUCCUUCUUUGGGACCGUCUUUCCAUACUUCAUGAUCAGGUCAGGAGAUGUGUCCCUGACCAUCUGUUCCAAGGAGGGAUGGUCUGAGGGGCACCCUGUGCCCCAUAACAGUUCUUUUCUGGAGGAGCCUGUGAGCCUCCCAGGGGAGGGGUUCAGCUCAGGCUCAGGUGCUAAUGCUCCCCCAGUGGCUGAGUCUCCAUUACUCCCCUGCAAACCAGAGGCUGUGUCCCCAUAG